UAGCAGACGACUUGAGUUUUCCAGCCGUAAAUUUAAUGUUUCAAUAUAGGCCUACAUGUUUUUUAUGUGGGAUUAUUAUUGAAUAGAUCAAAUCUAGAUCUAGAAGGUACGGUUCGCAAGUUUCAUUCUGGAAUUAUUGGGGUGUUGAAAAGUGUUCAGUUUGGCUGUGAAUGAAAAGUAGAGAUUGAAAACAUUACCUUUUGAUUAAUAUAUUUUUAAAAAAUUAAGGUGACGGCAACUUCGAGAAGAAUUCUUUGAAAAUUUCUGGAAAGUUCUUGGAAAACGACUUUCAAGCUGAGACUGAAAAUACUCUCAGAGAUGUGUUUGACACUUUUGAGUUGACUGUAGUUCAUCAGUAGAUCUACUUUCAUUUUCAGUUAUACAUCGCAGCAAAUCCUCCUGAUCUUAUUUAUAUUUCGAGAAAAUCGAACUUGUUCUUAAAUUAGCGAACAGUUUUUAUCCAAGAUCCCAGUGAAAAUGUACGUCAAAUUGCUGCUCUUAGCCAUCUCCGGUUUCCUCCUGAUUUUCGUCGUGUCGGCUGAUAUAACCGACACGGUCGAACUGCUCAAAAUUUCUUUACUGGACGUCGGGGGGUUAUGGGUCAAGGCCAUCGAAACAGUGACCUCGAAGUUGGUUCAAGCCGUCACCUCUGUACCGGAUCUGACGUCACCGUGGACCUACGUCAUCUACACCCCUCUCCUCCUAUUCUUCUAUGCCAGCUACGUCGUGUUGUUCUGCCCGAUGAACCGCGUCAGAAAGCUAGGCGAUGUCGGGUACAUUCCCGAGGGGGCGUUUUCGGUGAAGGAGACGGCGAACUUCGUGCAGAAGAGGCGGAAAGUGGGCAACGUGCCCCCGGUGUACCCCAACGGCUGGUUCGGGCUUCUGGAAAGUUCUUGCUUGAAGAGAGGGGAGGCGAAUACAGUAAGCGUUCUGGGCCAGAACCUGGCUGUGUUCAGGGACGAGAAGGGGAACGUCUACGCCCUGGACGCCUACUGCCCCCACAUGGGCGCCAACAUGGCUGCCGGUGGACGCGUCAUUGGCAACUGUCUCGAGUGUCCCUUCCACGCCUGGAAGUUUCGAGGCGACGACGGCAAGUGUGUCGGUAUACCCUACACCGACAAAAUCCCAGACAUAGCCCGGGUCAAGUCGUGGUCAGUGAAGGAAACCCUGGGGUGGGUCUUCAUAUGGCACCACGCUGAGGGACUGGACCCGGUGUGGAACAUUCCAGACGUGGAUGAGGUGGAUAACGGAUCGUGGACCUACAGGGGCAGGACGGAACAUCACAUCAAUGCUCAUAUAGAGGAAAUCCCUGAGAAUGGUGCUGAUGUGGUCCACCUUGGUCACGUCCACGGGCCAGUGGUCACUGCAGGCAAUGACCUGAGGACCAUGUGGAACAAACGCUGGGCAUUUGCAAGCCAUCACUGGACAGCAGCCUGGGAACCACUGCCAGAACCUGAUGGACACAUUGGUCAGCUCAAACUGACCCAUAAGUUGAGCUUGUUUGGGUUCAUGCUCACAAUCUUGGACUUGAAUGUUGUAGCACAGCAGACAGGACCUGGAAUUGUGAUCCUCAAGUUUGACAGUUUUUUUGGCAAGGGCAUGUACUUCCAGACUGUGACACCACAGGCUCCGCUGGUACAGAGGGUUGUCCACCACAUCUGGGUCAACCGCUGGAUGCCAACCUGUGUUGCCAAGUUCUUGCUUCUUUCUGAGGCCCUACAGGUGGAAAGAGAUAUAAUGAUCUGGAAUAACAAGCAGUAUGAGGGUCGGCCAUUGUUUGUCAAGUCUAAAGAAGACACAUUGAUAUCCAAACACAGGCGUUGGUACUCACAGUUCUACUCUGAAAAUAGCCCUCGUGUUUUUCAAAAAGAUGGAUUGGAUUUUUAACUGAAUGAAAUGUUAAAGCCGCUGCUUUUUAAAAAAAAAUGGAUUCCACAUGCACUGAUGGUUUUAGCUGUGCUUAAGUUGACUUGUGAUAGAUUUUGGCUUGGGAGAUUCACAGAGACUAGGUUUGCAUCAUAGGAAAUUCCAAUUUGUGAAAAAUUAAUUUUAAACAAAUAAUUUUUACUUCACAACAUAAUAACGCACCAAGUAUAAUGUUGAAUUCCAAUAAUAAUAAUAUUUCACAAGCCAGUAUUAUCUCAUAACUUUAAUCAUAAUAAGCAUGUUGAUAUUACCAAACCAUAUUUGUUGUUGUGAAGGGGUUGAGAAGAUUGUGAUACUUUAUAAUUUCACAUAACAUAAACAAGUUUUACAGAUUCAUACGCAUACACUUUUCAAAAGUUUCAUGUAUUUGAGUCCAAAAUAGCUCUCCAGUCACAUCUCAAAAGUUGAGAUGUUUUGUUCAGUGUGAAGUUUGUGUCAUUUCUCAUGCCACUUCAAGUUUUUGAUUGCUUGUUAUUUGUAGCCUCCAUCCUUGUGAUAUUUGUCCUGAACUGCUUGAAGACUGAUACUUCUUGUGAUUGUUAUUCUUUCAAACAAAAUGGUCAUGUAAAAAUAUUGAAGAACAAAUUUUUAUUUUGCUGUGCAGCAACAAUAAUUUUUUAAAAAUAGUUUUCCCAACUUACAAUUUAUUUUUAAAGAAAACAACUGUGAUUUUUAUUGUUUUGCAAAGCAUUUCAACUAUUAGUUGUUUAUGCUAUUAACCCUCCAUUGCUGAAGAUCACCUUGACACUGAUAUUUAUUACAAACAUUAGAAUUUUGACAUUGGAGGGUUAAAGUAUAUCUGCCUUAAAGCCUAACAGAGGCUUUUGAAAACCCAUUUUAACUUAGAUACAGACUUGCCACAUAAGUAAAUGGGUUAAAUUUGUCCACAUUUCAUUCAGCUGAAUGAUAAAAUUAUUGAAAUUGUGAUGACAUCAAAAAAUAUUAUUUGCAUGAAAAAUGAACUAAAAGCUAAAUACUAUAAAUAAUUUUCAAUAAUUAUGGUAUUAAAUGUUUCAGUUCAAUUCAUAAUGCAAAAGAAAUGUUUUGUGUGACUAAGAUGAGAGAGGAAAGUAGAUGUUUUGUCACUUUCUCAAAGCCUUUCUGUGUGAAUUUUCUUUGUGAACACUAUUUAUGAAUUUAAUAUUUAUAUCAAUAUUUUACAAAGUGAGCAAUUAAUUUCAAAACUGAUAUGAUAAUCCAAAAGCUUUCUGUGGAGAAGACAUGGUUUUUUUUUUAUCUUUGACCUAGAUUUAAACCAAAGAUUCACCUUUACAAGAAAACUUGAGAAGCCCUACACCAGAGACGCUCUCAAACCCUAAAUGUAUCUAAAUCUUGCUGCAGUAGUUGCAGCAGUUGAAAAAUGGUUUAAAAUACCAAUAAUUCUGCUGGGAAAUGCAUGUUAAGUAUAUGGGUGACAAAAAUUCUAAUCAAACAUUCCAUGACUAAACUUCUUUUUUCUGGUGCUAAGAAUUCAAUGAAAAAUGAAGAUGAGAGAAUAAGUAUGCUAAUCAAAAUAAAGUGAGUCAGCUUUGAUUACAUGUGGUAAUAAUUUUGGUGCCUUCUCUCCUUACUAGAUUUAUGGGUGGACACAUUUUUAAAGAUUGUGUCCUAACUCUUCGCAUUGGAAGAGAAAAACUGCUGUUCUGUGUAUCUCUAAUUGGCCAAUCAUUUGUUGUUCUGUUUUAAAAGCUGGUUACAAAUCUAAAUGCCUUUUUUGUGCAUUGUGAUUCAAAUUAAGCAACAUAUCCAUUUUUAUAAAGAAUGUACUGAUUUUGUAUAUAAUUUACAUGUAAAAAAAAUAUUUUGUUCCAUUAUAUAUUGUGAUUACAUGUUCAAGUAAUAUUACAAUGGUAUUCCCACCCCAUUUCAAACUAACAUAAAUGAAAUUUUGUAUUCCAAUUUUUGCUGUGUAUGAUGCUCAUGCUGACUACUCAUCUCCCUUCCUAGUUGUAAUGACCAAUUUGCCAUGACUAAAUACCCAAUUAGGCUGUGGUUUCCAAACUUCUUACUGUGCUUCCCAUAAUAAACACCAAAAAUAAAACCCCUCUCAUCCCAGACUUUUUAUUUAUAAUUAGUUUCUGCACAUCAAAGCAAGGUACCCUCCCCUUGGUAAAACAAUUUUGAAGCUGAAAAAAUUUACCACAAUGGGAUGGGAUCAAUGAUAGUAUUAGUGAUCCUAUCUCAUUGUGGGAUACAUUUGAAAAUAUAUUUCUGGCAACUUUUCUUUUUUAAACUGUAAGCCUAUGUAUUUAUUAUGUGAAAUGUUUUUUUAUUAUAUAGAUAGAUUUCUUUGAAACUUUAUCUGGCCCACUUAGGUCAGAUCCUUGCCUCCCAGUAUGGAAACCACUGCAAUGAGGUGAUUUUUUAAACAGCGAACAUUCCUGUACAUAAUUAUAUAUUGUGAUCUUUCUUAUAGCAGUGGAUGUUCCUGUAACUGAUAUCAAUGCUGUGCUUCACUAUUUAUUGCUAAGUAAUUUUAUUUCAAUCUGACUAAUCAAAUUUAAAAACAUUGAUAAUAUGUGUGACAAUGUAAAAAAAAACAAAUUAAUUAAUUUCUAACCUUUUCAAUCAACAGUGUGUAUAUAAAAUUGUACAGACAUUUAUUUUUUAAAUUCUUUUUAUUUUUUAAAUAAUUUUUUUGAUCUCCAUGCAUAAUGUUUUGUAAGCUGACAUUUUUCAUGUGUACCCAAACUCACGCAGUGUGAAGAAAGUAACUUUGUAAUCUAGCAAUAUUUAAAUAAUUUUAAAAAGACGAUGUUUUGGUAGAAAUGUCAAAUAGCUACUUAAGGUGUGGUGUUUCUUUCUAUUCACAAGUCAGUAAAUUAUAGAGUGAUGGUUUUGUGUUCAUCAAGUCAAUGGCUUCAUGACAUUUUGUUUUAAGUCUAAGGCUAACUUGAAGGACAGUGGCAUAGGGAUGUUAGGGAAUCCAUAAUGGAGUAACAACCCUUCUGAUAGCUGUCUUGUGUUAGCUACAUCUAUUGACAAUGGUGAGUUUGUGUAGGUUUCACCACCCACAGCUGGAAGUCGUGCUACAAAAUCCUGGCUACUCUACAGUCUUGGAGUAACACGGGCUACUGACUCUGGAUUGUUUUAAUAAAAUUGUAAGCCUAGCUACACUGAAAUAACUGAGGCAGAAAUUGUUUGAAAUGUGCAGCUUUUAGUUGUAGUCCUGCAGGUAGUGACUGAAACAUAGAGACAGGUUUUACUUAACUUGUGGUGGCUGUAGUGUUUUAAAAUAAGAGAAAUUCAUCAGAGCCAGACUGACCAAUCAGAGCCUGACUGACUGACCAAUCAGAGCCCGACUGACCUAUCAGAGCCCGACUGACCAAUCAGAGCCCAACUGACCAAUCAGAGCCAGACUGACCAAUCAGAGCCCAACUGACCAAUCAGAGCCAGAUUGACCAAUCAGAGCCCGACUGACCAAUCAGAGCCCGACUGACCAAUCAGAAUUGACUUGCAUGUCUGAGACUUCAGUGAACCAGUUAUUUCAUCCAACACUGGUGAUAAAUCUAUACUCCAUGUCUUUCAUUGUCCUGUUUGUUUUACACAUUUGUACACAUUAAUUUAAAGAUAAGCUGUGCAGGUAUAGUGCUGAAGGGUGGGGGUCUCAGGACUCCGAAAUGACUUUUACGUCCAAAGUAGUAUCUUAAAACCACCAUACCAUUUUAUGCUCUCAAAAACACACAUUUAAAUAGAGCAUGUGUCUAAAACAAUUUUUUAAACCAACUUCCUUCUCCUCAAAUGUAUUUCUACCAACACCACUGCCAAUUUUCCAAACACUACUUAGGAGAAGAAGCCAUCACCAGCUUCCCCCCUGUUCUUCCACACCCCCCCCCCCCUUAUGUUCCUCAACUAAAGUAACAUGCUCAAAGAACACUUGUGCAGAUAGUACCUAUAGUUUUAGUCAAGUCACAAUGUGUUGUCCACUGAUUGCCUGUUAGCCCAGCAGUUUGGUGAGAGAUCAUAUCUGUUUCACAGUAGCACCUUUUCAACCCUAGGAAAAUGGUAGCUAGUUUUGUUUACUUUCAUUUUCUUUAAAUUUAUUGUAGUAGGCUAGAUUUAUUCACGCCUUUUAAAAAAUUGUUGUACCCAACUUGAAAAAAAUAUGUACUGUCAAGCUAAAUAUUAUUUAUUUUAAAAAAGCAUUUCCUAAUUCAGAGGAUUUUUUAAGAAAAAUCAACAGUCCAUUUAGGGAGCCACUAGUCAGACAUGGGAGUUUUCUACUCUACACUGAAGUUGUAUCUAUUUUAUAAACCUUUCAAAGCUCAAAGUUGUGAAUGUAACAAUGACAUGUAUUUUGCUACAAUUUUAA